AUGCGCUGGAUAAGCAGAUACUUAUUUUGUAUAUUUUGCUCAGUUUCAACAGUCAUAAUCUUAAUAACAUGGUCUUUCGAAAAGUCAAGUCAUAACUACGCAUCUGUGCUACAAAAAAAUAGCAAAAUAUUCUCUGAUAUCACACAAAGCAAUGGGCAACAAACAACAGCUAACUUGGCUCCGAAUUAUCUUCGUUAUUUAUAUCCACAAAUAUGGGCCUGCCAAUCCGAAAAUUUCGAAGGCAAAUCGGGUUACUACUCACAGUCUCGUGAGGAUGAAGCAUUUCACAAAUGGAUCUUCAAUAACACCAAGGAAAAUCAGAAUCCGGGCAUAUUUGUAGAAUUGGGCGCGGCAAAUGGAAUCACUUUUAGUAAUACGCUGUUUUUUGAGCGGAUGUUUGACUGGCGCGGCGUGCUCUUUGAAGCACAGCCAGAAAAUGCAAAACUCCUGCUGAAAGCAGACCGAGAAAAAACAGUUAAAUUGCCUGUUGCAAUCUGUUCGGCUCUACAAACCCAUAUUAGAAUGCUCGGCGGACCCGGCUUCGUCGCUGGAAAUAUUGAUACUAUGGAUGCAGACUUUAAAGAAGCUUGGCACAAAAAUGAUAACAAGACUGUAGAUGUACCAUGUGGUCCUAUUGGUUCAUAUUUAACGGCGAUUGGAAUCACUCAUAUUGAUCUCUUCAGUCUUGAUGUUGAAGGGGGCGAGUUGUCAGUACUACUUACAAUGAAUUGGAAUAUACAAGUGCAUUAUCUGCUUAUCAAAAAUAACUCAAAUACACCUAACAUAAUAAUUUUAUUAAAAUCUCAUGGAUUUCGUGUACAAGAUUUUAAGCCUUGCUCGCUAGGAGUUACUGACUGUACCAACAAUACACUAUUCGUUAACGAAGAUUAUCAACGACCCAACUUUUCGACGAUAUGCAUACCUAAUAUUUAUUCGAACAUCAACUGA